UCCCUCAGAACUGCAAGACGCCGAUAUUGCGUUACAUUGUAGCAAAAUGGCGGCUGUCAUUCAGAAUCCACUAAAAGCGUUGGGCGACCAGUUCUAUAAGGAGGCCAUUGAACAGUGCCGCAGCUACAAUGCCCGGCUGUGUGCUGAGCGCAGCGUCCGCUUGCCGUUCCUGGACUCGCAGACCGGUGUGGCCCAGAACAACUGCUACAUCUGGAUGGAACGCCACCACCGCAGCCCCGGGGCCGCUGCUGGGCAGAUGUACACAUACCCCGCCCGUUGCUGGAGGAAGAGACGGCUUCACAACGCCACAGAUCCCAGUCUGGGCAUUUAUGGUAUCCAGCUUGACGGAGGCCUCAUGUCCAAGGACACUUUGCCCAGCCAGGGCACCACACUGGAGGCUCUGCUGCGAGGAGAGGGCCUAGAUAAGAGGAACAACUCUAAAAACGAUGAGGAGAGCCUGCUUGAGAUCCAGAGGGUUCUGGAGGCAGAUGCAGCAGAGGAUGCUUUCAAUGAUGAUGACGACUACGAGGUGGACAUACCUAAAAGGAGACAUCGGGGCAAAGGGAGAGGUCGGGGUUCAGGCCGCAGGAGGGCAGAUCUGGAUGAUGACAAGCCAUACGUCUGUGACAACAGAUAUAAACAAAAACAGAACUCAAAGUCUUCGACCUCAGUCUGUGCAAAGCGCUACAGGAACCGUACAGGGCUUAGUUACCACUACACCCAUUCCCACCUGGCAGAGGAGGACAGAGCCGGAGAGAGGAGCACAGCGGCAUCAAGGUCCCCCUCUGCACCACAGACUGACAGACACAAACGUCUGAAGGGUCCAGGUGGGACCAGCAUUCUCAGCAACUACUGUAAUAAAUGCCAGCGAUCGAACAAGAAAACGGGUAAAUCUGGGUCUCCCUGCUCAGCCUGCCAAUGCACAGCUAACUGUGGAGAAGAGCAGGAAGAUGGGUCUUUGGCCGGAGCAGAAGAGCUGUUUGGCACCACCUCGGAGAGCGACACUUCCACCUUUCACGGCUUUGAGGAUGAUGAGCUGGAAGAACCUGCCACAAACGGCAAUGGAAUAGCAACC